AUGUCGAAAGCUAACACUAAAGAGAAGAAAUCCUUCAGCAAGAAGCUCUUCCGAAGGGGCUCUGUGGGGAGCUUUAUGAACAGAGUUCUCAGGACUCUGUCCCAUUUCAGCAACGAGGAGCAUGGAGAUGAAGAGAAGAACGAUGCAAGUUUCAUCCAGGUUACUACAUGCGGCUCUGUUCCCUCUGACGGCAGUGAAUGUAGCGGGUUCCUAUUUGGGGACAAGGUCCCCGGAGUUGCCGGACUCAAGAACCAUGGCAACACCUGUUUCAUGAACGCUAUCUUGCAAUGUCUGAGCAACACGGAACUCUUUGCUGAAUAUCUUGCAUUGGAACAAUACCGUGGAGAGGACAGCUGUCAUAGCACCAAUGACAAAUCGACUGAAUCGAAUAAACCGAAUUCAGCAAACGGUGUUUGUAUACAAAGAAAGGGACACCAGCAGGAGUCUGAAGUCACAGAGCAACUGUCUGGUCUCGUCCGUGCUCUGUGGACGUUCGAGAACACCCCACAACACAGUCAAGAAUUCAAGAAUGUCGUGUCGAAGAGGGCCCUGCAGGUCCGGGGCAACGCCCAGCACGAUGCACAGGAGUUCCUCCUGUGGCUGCUGGACAGAGUUCACGAGGACCUCAACAACAUCGUCCUGCCCGGCAGCAGACCACCCAGGAAGCCUCUGGAGGAUGAAAAUGUCCCCGAAGGAUCCUCAUUACCAGUUGCUGGCUCCUUCGUACAAGAGCUAUUUCAGGCUCAAUACAGAUCCUCGCUGACUUACCCUCACUGCCAGAAACAGAGCAACACCUUUGACCCUUUCCGCUGCAUCUCACUGCCCAUCCCUGUACCAACCACUCGGCCCCUGUAUGUUACGGUAGUGUACCAGGGGAAGUGUUCCCACUGUAUGACAGUGGGUGUGGCGGUGCCUCUCUCCAGUACUGUGUCUAGACUGAGAAAGGCUGUGGCCCAGGAGACCAAAAUACCCUCUGAACAGAUUGUCCUUACUGAAAUGUACUCAGAUGGCUUUCACCACUCCUUUUGUGAUGACGAUGACGACCUUGAGAUCAUUCAAGCGAGUGACUCCAUAUUUGCGAGAGGCAGUUUGGAACUCUGUAGAAGUCCCCAUGCUAAUCUGAACCAGAACAACAUAAAGUAUGGGACAGACAACAACAGGAUUCCCCCUCCGAGCCCCAAUAAGAACAGCGGGGAUGACAAGAUUAUUUUGCUUGUGUGUAAUAGAGCUUGCGCUGGACAGCAGGGACGCAGGUACACGAAACCCUUUGUGCUGUAUCUAGAGAGGACGGUCACCUGGGACGUUCUGCAGAAGGAGAUCCUGGAGAAGAUGCUCCACCUUUUGCAUCCUGAGGUCUUUGUCCAGGUUGGGCCCUUCAGCUUGCGUGUAGUGGGGGUGGUUGGAAUAACUUAUCUCUUACCUCAAGAGGAGCAACCACUAUGCCACCCCUAUGUGGAGAGAGCGUACAAAUCUUGUGGUCCGGGAGGCCCCCCACAUGUCAAGAUUGUGGUUGAGUGGGACAAAGAGACAAAAGACUAUCUGUUCAAGCGCACUGAGGAUGAGUACAUCCCAGAUGCUGAGAGUGUACGCCAACAGAAAGACGGACACCUGCAGCCUCAGUCAUGCUCCCUCGCCCAGUGCUUUCAGCUCUACACCAGAGAGGAACAGCUAGCUCCAGAUGAUGCCUGGCGCUGUCCACACUGCAAGCAGCUACAGCAGGGCAGCAUCAAGUUGAGCCUCUUGACCCUGCCUGACAUCCUCAUACUCCACCUCAAACGCUUCAGACAGGAUGGGGAGCGGAGGAUGAAGAUGCAGAACAUGGUGAAGUUCCCUGUGAUCGGGAUGGACAUGGCGCCCCAUAUGGUCAAGCGGAGCCAGAGCAGCUGGAGCCUGCCCUCGCACUGGUCGCCAUGGAGACGACCUUACGGGAUGGGCCGCGACCCAGAGGACUACCUGUAUGACCUGUAUGCUGUGUGUAACCACCACGGGACAAUGGCGGGAGGUCAUUACACAGCUCACUGUAAAAACUCCAUCGAUGGAAUGUGGUACUGCUUUGACGACAGCGAUGUCCAAGCCAUAUCUGACGAUGACGUCUGCAAGCAGAACGCCUACAUACUGUUUUAUCAAAGACGGGCCACCAUCCCUUCAUGGUCUGCUAACAGCUCUGUUGCAGGUUCAACCAGCUCGUCUCUGUGUGAACACUGGAUCAGCAGGCUGAUGGGGAGUCGUCCUCCCAGCCAGGCCUCUUCCGGCUCAUCCAGACGCACGUCGCUGGUUUCCCUCUCUGAGUCGACUGAGUUCGCUGGAGAACGCAGCGAAGACGACGGAGGCUUCUCCACCCGCCCGGUGAUGCGGAGCAUCCAGAGACAGACCUUCUCUUUGCGCUCCAACAUGGCCAGCCCUCUGGCCGUCAGUGAGAACAGCUCCAAGCCUUCCUGGUCCCCCUCAGCCAAGCUCCAUCUGCGUUCCAACUCGCCCUCGCACUUCUCCCUGGAGUCUCACUCCUCCUCGCCCACCCUGGAGAGGAUAGGCGAGGCAGCUGAUGACAAGGUCUCCACCUCCUGCUUCAGCGGCUCUACGAAACCUGAGGUAAAGGUCGGAGGUAAGACACCCCUGGUGGUGGUGGAGGGUAAUGCAGGGGCUAAAAGGCUCCUGGAGCAGGUGCUCUCCAAGCCUGUUCCCCAGGCUGAGCUGAGGAAUUCCAGCCUGGCAGGAGGUAACAAUAAUGUGGCCACGAUCGUGGAGCCAGGCAACCCGGGUCGAGGAACGGUCACUAAGGAGCCCAAACAACGAGGAGUGGGGGGAGGGGAGGGCGCUGGGGCCAGAACUGUUGAAACCCGAGAAGAGCCCCAAGAAGCGCCCCUCCACCCCCUCGCCUAAAUCUUUACAUAUUUCAAAGCACUCUCACUAGACUUUUUAAAACCCCUUUAUAUAUAGGCUACUUUUGGGUAAUGGUCAGCCUAAAAAGACACACCUAUACAAUGCUGCUAAACCAGCCUUGGGUAGGCUAUGCUUGGUUUUUAAUAAAAUGUUUUAAAAAAAUAACAAAUUAAACUAAAUGCGAGAUUCACUGGCACAAAAGGCAGUUCUCUCCUUCCAUGUUCACUGUGUGGCAUGGCUGGAUAGGCUGUGCUUCCUCUCUCAAAAUGCAUCCCAUUAUCAACUGCGUUACCGUUAAGACCUGCUUUUUGUGGGUCUUAACUUCCCCUUAGCGCUGCAUGAAAUUGACACUUUUCCACCUCAUCGCAAACGAGCUGAUGUUAGACAGGUAAACCUUGCGUUAGGGUUGGAAAAUGACAGUCUGCCAGUUUUUACAUGAUGAAAUUGCAAAACUAACGUGCGUUUGACACUUGUCUAGCGCCAGCCGAAAAUAGAGCCUUAUAUGCGUCCAGGAUUAGAAGUGUGUGUGUAUACCUGCCAAUAGCAUUAAAGGGACCCAUUAGAAAUAUACAAGAAAUUAAGUGACAUCGCCCAGUGAUUUUGGAAGGUAGGGACUGUGAUUCUCCGCUCUCCCUCUGGUUGUACUGAUUUUGGAAGAGUAGUGACAGCAUAGCGUGACGACAUAGCCCCCAGAUUGUCCUAACAACCCCUCUCACCUCAUCUCCGGCUGGUGACCACUGUCACUGUGGAUGGUCAAGGCCUUUACGGGGGACCACAUUCAGACUGCCAAACAUCUCUAAACAUUCCUAUAGACGAACACAGGGUCGAUGUGAAAAGCUACACAUCAAAGACAUGAAUAAAGACAAUACAUGGGGACGUCUUUAUAUGAGCACCAUAAAUGGUGUGU